AUGUCUUGUCAGUAUGACUUCAUUGUGGUUGGAGCCGGGCCAUCCGGCUGUGCUGUCGCAACAAGACUUGCCAAGUCUUCAUCCAAAUUCUCAGUUCUGCUCGUCGAAGCUGGCGGGGACAACAAAGAUGCUGCCUAUCUUGUCCCAGGCGACCGAUUCAACUUGGCCUUCACCCAACCACAGCUCAAUUGGGGUUAUAAGACGGCUCCCCAAAGUCACUUGAAAGGACAAGAGAUUGACUAUUCGCGCGGCAAAGGGCUGGGUGGUAGCACGGCGAUCAACUUCUCCUGUUGGCUCAUUGGCGCUGAUGAGGACUUCAAUGAAUGGGCUAAAAAGCUCGGCGACGAUGCCUGGAAUUGGGAAAAUGUUAAGGAGAGAUUCAAGAAGAUUGAGAGAUAUCAUGUCGAGAUCCCACAGGAGCAUCAGAAAUAUAUCAACCCGAAAGAACAAGAUCAUGGUACCACUGGUCCACUAGACCUGAGCUAUGCCGAUAUAUGGGAGAAAGGUAUCUCAGACGUGUUUGUAGCAGCCGAGGAGCUUGGGAUGGAUAUCAAUCCUGAUGUCAACUCUGGAAAUCCCAUCGGUAUGGGAAUGGGAGCGACGUGCGCUUACAAGGGCGAGAGGACCACUGCAUCGUCGUAUCUCCGAGACGCUCCUUCAAAUCUCUCGCUCGCACUUAACAUGACCGUGGCUAAGAUUUUGUUUGAUGGAAAGAAAUCUAUCGGAAUUGAGACUGUUGAAGGUCAGGCGUUCUUCGCGAAGAAGGAUGUCAUUCUGUCUUGUGGAGCACUCAACUCUCCCCAACUACUGAUGCUUUCGGGAAUUGGUCCUGCCGAUGAGCUCAAGAAGCUCGGAAUCUCAAUUAUCCAUGCAUUACCCGAAGUCGGCAAGAACUUGCAAGACCAUGCUUUCACCACCAUAACUCUUCUUCAGAAGCCGGGGACCAAUGACAGGAUGACAUUUGAGGCAGACGCAGAAGCCGUGGCCGCUGCCAGAGCACAACAUGCAGAAAACAAGACCGGCAUUUUGAAUUCAUUGUAUGGCUCCGUUCCUAUGGGAUGGUUCAAGAGUGAAGCCGUGUACGCCUCCGAUGAAUUCAAAGCUCUUGACAAGGACACAAAGGAGUAUCUCAUGAAACCAACUGUGCCAACUUUUGAGUUCGCUACGCACACACCGCCCCUCUUUGUAGGCGACUAUCAACUCCAGCCUACAGACAGCUACCUCACUGCACUCGCUUUCGUGAUGAAUCCUCAAUCGUACGGCGAAGUCACUCUAGCCUCCACAAAUCCUCUGGACGCCCCCAAGGCAGAUCCUAGACUCGUCUCGCACCCUUAUGAUCGAAGGGUCCUCAUCGAAGGAGUGCGUAAAUUGAUGGAUUAUCUGGAAGCGCCUGUCUUUAGAAAGAGCACUGUGAGAAUGGUUGGGUGUCCUAAGAGUCGCUCGGAUGAGGAUAUUUGGGAACAUUGCACAGGCAAUAUGUUCAGCUCCUGGCAUAUGUGCAGUACGACUCGUAUGGGCAAGAAAGAGGAUGAGGGUGCUGUCGUCGAUACCGAUUUUCGCGUUAGAGGCGUCCAGAACUUGCGCGUGGUUGAUUUAGGAAUCUUGCCCUUGGUUCCUAACAAUCACACCCAGAGCACGGCAUAUCUUGUCGGAGAGACUGCCGCAGAAAAGAUCAUUGCUGAAUAUCAUUUUUAA